AUGGGCCCCUGUACCGCCUCCUCAUGCUGCUGCCAGGCCCGUAAUCUGCCAUGGGCCCCCGUACCAACUCCUCAUGCUGCUGCCAGGCCCGUAAUCUGUCAUGGGCCCCUGUACCGCCUCCUCAUGCUGCUGCCAGGUCCAGAGUGUGUCAUGGGUCCCUGUACGGCCUCCCAUUGCUGCUGUCUCCAUCGCCACACUCUGCCAUGUGCCACUUUCAGGUCUCCUCACACUGAUGGUGGUUUCCAUUUUUGUCAUAGGGUGCUGUAUGGCCUCCCAUUGCUGCUGCCUCCACCGCCACACUGUGGCUCCACACUCUGGUUUUGGCACCGUGACUGCCCAAAUGAGUGAAGUGUGCGGUGAUUCUAAGAUCGACGGCACUCUAUUAACAAACAUACUGUUGAGAG